GGCACAACUAGGACAACCCAAUCCCCGUGAAAACUGAAGUGAAGCGAGAAGGCCUUGGCUUCGAGUCUUGUUGGACGGGCUGGUUGCAGUGUCAUGUCUGCCGAUCGUUCUCAAUCUUAUCUUGUUCGUGGCUGAGUGUUGAAAGAUCUGGACAACAAUUUGGAAGCACGAAUAGCCGACGCAAAUGUCGGACGUUCUUGGAGGGCGAUCGCUCGUUCUUAGAAAACGGGAACCAGAAGUUGUCUAGUAGUUCAUCGCACUGUUCAGCUUUAGGAGGCCUUGUACCACUGCCCGAGUGCGAGUAAAGCUCAACGACGAUUGAAGGAGAAGUUUAGGAGAACAAUCCUGAUGGAGGGCACGUGUAGUGCUCCGAAUGAGGGUGAAAUGGUAUCCCACAUUCCCACAGAUGUGGAAAGGGAAGGAAGGGGUCCGACGCAUGCCAAUAAGCCGACUAAGGAUGACGCAUUCACAUCUGACAAGGACAGUGUACGUGGUGAUCUCAACACUGACAUGUCCAUGACCAGUUCAGGGCAGUCGCGUGCAGAUCCUCUCAAGCAAGCAGCUCAGCAGCUCAUAGAAAGUAUCAACAAAAAGAGACAGCACGAUGCUACUAUUGUAGCAGACCUACGGAGAAGCCUUGAGGAAGACAUGAAUGAGAGCUACAUUCGAGUACAACAAGGGCUGAGUGAGGUGUAUGACAAGACGAGCCAUGGCAUCCAAGAGAAACUGGAAGAGGUGUUUGCUACACUGGAUAGGAUUGUGAAACUGGAGAUGGAGCUACAGCAGGUGAGCAAGGCGUUGGGCACGCUGUAUGCUGACAUGCAAGGUCAAGCCUAGCAUAACUAUGCCACUGAUAUCUAGAAUGGCUGGCCCGAUGGGACACAUCAUCCGUAACCAAGCGUUGCAGCGUGUCUAAUGCUGGAUCUUCAGGGAACGGGAGGCUAGCCUCACUGAUUUGCUGCAUGUGCCAAGGGUUUGCAAUGGGUACAUGCAGUCGAAUUAUAGAUUUUGGACGUGAAUGAAGCCAGGCACUGUGCUGCUAUAAUCAGAAAACGAAUUGUGUAGCCACAUUUGUAUAUCUUUCUUCAACUACCAUAACUAUCUGUCUUGAGUGUGUAUUGCUGCUCAACUGUGGAACACCCUGCUAUCACAGUGUGGCUACUGGUAUAGUAUGAAGACCUCUCCUUGUGGCCGGUCUGUAUUUUUGAUUUACAUUUGUGAUUGCCAAAUGCCAGUAUAGAAACACUGUAUGCUGAUCGGGCAGCAACAGGAUAGCUGAAGGACAUUGUCACAAAGAGCAAAGUUGUGUGUGCAAGGACUGAGUACUAAUCCGGCGGAGUAGAGGUUAUGUGCCUUUUCAAUUA